GCUGGAGAACCCAGACCACCGGAGGACCACCCCGACGAGAUUCUGACGGCGGCGGCUGGAACGUUAUUGACAUCGCGGGGGUGGCGUCCCUCGUCUGCCGCCGAGAGGGUGGCGGCGGCGACACGCGGCGAACGAAUUUCGCGCCGGCCUGAGGAAGACGCGAAGCGAACCGCCCUCUUCGGACGCGGAGUUCGGCAGACCACCCCCACUUCUUCCCCCUCUCGAGUGGGUCGCAUGAGCGCGCGCGCGCGCGCGUGCGAGCGUGCGCCUCCCUCCUCAUCGCGGGUGCUUAGACAGCUACGGGAAUCGAAGACAUACGGGUACCGUGUUUCGCGGGUGGAGAACCCGCGCGUGUCCUACGCGAUCGCCCUCCGGGACAGCGAGGAUAUUACAAGUCGGGACGAUAACGCGGACAAUACCGAAAACGCCAUCCCCCUCUCGCGAUUCUAGUGCGUAUCCGAUCGGAGAGCUCAAUUGAGUGUUCUCAGUGCUGUUACCAAACCUGUCAUCCUUGUGUCCCUUCUAGGAAGGGAUGAUACUCUCUUCACGACAAAGUGGACACUCUGAUUCGCGUUUGUGAAAAAUUCUUGUCUUGGGAGUAUCGGAUCGGGGGUGAUGCGCGAUGAGAUUUAAUUGCUCGGAAGAUCAGUGGUGGUUGGUUUAAAUCAGCGAUCAUUUGGACUAAGGGGAUGAUUAGAACUCGAGCGGGCAUGCUGAACGAUCAGUUGAAUGCCUACCGGAGGAUCUCGAGUGACGGUGUUCAGAGUGGCACGAAUCACGUUCAGGGUGUUUGAUGAGGGUGGAAGUGAGGAAUCUCAGUGGGGAAUUUCGAAGAGGGAGGAGCUGGUGCGUGCUUCGUGGCCCUGAGGGAAGUCUCGCGGAGCUCUGCAACGAGGGUUGAUCGCUUUUCUAGUGAUCGACGACGAACCCAAAGACUCGUAUCUGGAUCGUUCGGUGUGAGUGACCGCGAUCGCGGGGAUAUCUUGCGAGUUUGGUGCGCGAGCGAUUUUGAAUUGUCACGUUUCUCAAGUGAACGGACUAGGGCUGAAGUAGCCGGGGGUGAUUAGUGUGGAUAAUCGAUAACUGUUCACGAGGCUUUUAUUGGCGACACGCAUGUCCGAACUGUGGUGAUAUCGACGGGAGUGAUGCGUAGAAGAAACGGAGAUACUAACUAGAGAGCAAGAGGAUGCGGUGAGGAGCCGGCUGGUUCGCCGGGAGGUUCGAGAUGUCCGCCGUAACCAGCCCGUAUGGCCCCGCGGAGAUGCUUUCCGACUCGGUCUACAACUACGCGACGACCCGACGGGGCGCCGCCGAUCAGGACAGCGACUCCCAGUACGAGGCCCAGGCCCAGUUGCAGAUCACCAGCAGCAUCCAGAGCAAGCCACGCAACAAGCGGAAGAACUUCAAGCCUAUAAGCAGCCGGAUGGCGGAGGUGUCCGACGAGUCCGACAGGGACGACGACGAGCCGGAGAUCGUGGAGGAGAGCUCCAGCGAGAUCCUCGAGUACGAGAGGAAGACGAUGCUGCUGCCGGCCGAGGAGAGGUCGAAGCAGAGGCUAAACAACAAUGAGGCCAGCCCGAUGGACCUCUCGGUCGCCACCAGGCCACCAUCCUCCGAUGCCGACGACGACAGCGGCGACUCCCUCAGGCAUAAGUUCAUCCUCGAGCAGCUGAGAUCGCAGAAACUCUACUCCCCUGGUACAGAGGCGAGAAGCCCAAACUCCGAUUCGUCGGAGAGGAGUGGAAGCGGCGUCCUGGACGCGGAAUCGUCCCGUCUGGACGAUCAGGACAUCCAGUUCGAGGACGAGCGGGGCAACGACGUUGACGGCGAGGUCGAGAUCGAGGAGCGGAAGCCCUUCGAGGGCAUGAGGGAGUACGCGGAAUCGACGAUGCAGGAACUCCUGGCGAUCUACGGGCUGGCAGGAGGCGAACUGGCAAAGUCGGUCAGCAGGCAACUGCCGCCCACGUUUCUGAAUCCGAAUACCGGUCAGCAAGCUCAAGGAAAGUUGAAGGUGAAGGUGGAGAAGGACGCCUCCUCGAUGGCCCCUGGCAGUCCACCCACGCCCCCGCACACUCCGCAAAGUCCGCAACGCGCGAUUCCACCCCUCGGCAACUUGUCGCAGUCAUGUCAAACGUCAAACGCGAAUUCGCCGAAUCUGCAACAGCAGCAGCCACCGCAACAGCAGCAGCAAUCGCAGCAGCAGCAUCAGUCACAGGAUCAGCAGCAUUCUCUACACGCCAUGGCCAACUCACCUCUGAGCCAGAUACUGGUGCAGAAUCCGGCGUUGGCGCAACUGUUGCAGCAGAAUCCGGCGAUCCUGUCGCAGAAUCCGCAGUUGGCUCAGCUGCUGCAGCAGAAUCUCCAGGUUCAGAUGGGCAGCGUACUCUUUCAGAACGUGAGACGAGAGGAGUCCGACGAUUCCAGGGUACCGCCGACAAUAGCGAGCCUGGCGGCGAUGAAGGUGGAGGCAGCUGACCCGAAGGUUUCCGCUUUGCUCAGGCAGAGUAUGUCCCCGGUAGCGGACUCUUUGAUGGGUGGUUCCAAGUCGGUGUCCCAGCCGAUCAUCGAUUACUCCCGAUACGUGAGGCGAUACACAUCCGGUCAAGAAUGCGGUAGUACGUACUGCAAAGAGCUCGGCUGCAGGGAGCACUUCCACUGUCUAGACUGCAGCGGCAGGGUAUUCGUGAAGAAGGAGGAGAUGAUCAGGCACUUCAAGUGGCACAAGAAGAGAGACGAGUCCUUGCAGCAUGGCUUCAUGAGAUACUCGCCGACGGACGACUGUUCGGAAAAGCAUCCCGGCCGGGCGUGUCCGCACAACAGAAAGCAAACUCACUACCACUGCAUUCACGAGAAUUGCGACAAGGUGUACAUCUCGACGUCGGACGUGCAGAUGCACGCGAAUUACCAUCGUAAGGACUCAGCCAUCAUACAGGAGGGCUUCCAGCGAUUUCGAGCCACUGAGAGUUGCGCGACCGAUCAUUGUACAUUUGCCGGCCAGCGAACUACGCACUUUCACUGUCGACGAUCCGGCUGUCGGUUCACGUUCAAAAAUAAGGCCGAUAUGGACAAGCACAAAUCUUACCACAUCAAAGACGAGCAACUGUCACGCGACGGAUUCAAGAAGUUCAUGAAAUCGGAAGCCUGCCCCUUCGAUCAGUGCCGGUUCUCGCGAGUUUGCAAUCACAUUCACUGCAUACGACCGCACUGCAGUUACGUUCUACACUCCUCCGGUCAACUCUUUUCGCACAAGCGGAAACACGAGCGUCACGAGUCGGAACUGGCUUACCGGAAGUACAAACAAGUCAGUGCUGUAGGCGGUAUUCGACCACCAGGCUCGUGGGCGCCGGAUGAAUUGAGCGCCCAAAGUUUGUCCUUGAGCCUGAACGGUGAGAGCUCUAACGAGGGCAGAGGUUCUCCAUCAUUCUACUCCCUCGACGAUUCCUUCCAAAGCGGGAGCGACCUCGCCAUGGACCUUACCGCCCCGACUACUACUAUUACCGCCAGUGGGAGUUCCGUUGGUCUCGAUCAACAGCACCAGCAGCAACAUCAGCAGACCCAACAACUCACCGCCACCGAAUUGGCGUAUCUGAUACCAGCUACUGCGGAAUGCACGUGCAAUGUGGGCAGGGAACACCACCACUGCGGACUGGACCGUUGUGGUGCCACCCUGAAGGAUUCCCGCGAAGUCAGAGAACAUCUAAAGGAACACGAGACGCAGGAACGCAUAACGGACGCCUUUUUCGAAGAGGGCGGUUGCGACGACGGUUGUCCAUAUGCAAAUAAAGAAAAGCAUUAUCACUGUAAUUGGGAAAACUGUCGGGAGGUGAUACUCUCCACUGACAAGCCCUUCCGCAGACUACAGCAUUACAAGAUCCACGAAUACAGUCGGCAACUGAACCUCUCUUGCUCCUCCCACGCUCUUUCGCCUGAUGUCACGCUGACCCACUUGACGAACAUCGACGCAAUGUUCAGGCGAAAGCGUGGCAGACCACCGAAGAAUCGGGUGAUUGAGAUCUGGUCGGGCGGCGAUUCCGCGUCGCAUACUCACGAUUCGCCUCAGGCAAUCUUCACGAGUUUCAAACUCCCCAAACCGCAGACUCCGAACCUGACGCCUAAUCUGUUGAUGGAUGAUCGCGAAGGUAGCGUGUCGCCGUCGAACAGUUUUGGCGAGCCUGAGGGCUUUGCCACUUACAAUCCGGAAGGGUGUCCAGACACAGCCUGCGUACUCAGAUCGACCAGGCACCAUCAUUGCUCGCAACCGCGAUGCCACUUCUCCACUGAUCGACCGGAUCAGCUGCUCAUGCAUAGCAAGGACUUUCACGACAACGUCGACAUACCGCCAGGCUUUGCCUUCUACGAUAAGAUGGUCGACUGUCGACUGUCUAGCUGUCACAGCAAUCGCGUCAACCGACACUUCCACUGCACGAGACCCAAUUGCGGAUACUCGUUUGUCAGGUACUCGACGAUGGUGUUGCACGAAAAGCAGCAUUCCAGUCAUGCCGAGGCGGCUGGCAUCUGCGGCCAGGAGUCGAACAAUCAAGAGUGUCAAACGCAACCUCAAUCGUUGGUCCAGGAGACAAAACCCAGGAUUCAAGUGAAGAAUCCCGCCGAGCUGAUCGAAAAACCCGACGAGAGUUUGACCGUGAGCGAUCAGGAGAGCAGAUCUAUGCUCGAGGAUAAGGAAUCCGGAUUGGCGAGUCCCGAUAGCGGCAAGACUACCGUGGUGAGGGCGGCUGGCACCUAUUAUCCGGUUAGCGGACCGCCGAGCGAACCCGCACUUCCGGGCGUCGUGCUAUCCAUGCGAACUUCCGUGCACCAAGAAUCACCAGUCAUGCCGUCUAUGAGCUCCAAUUCACCGCACACGCUUUAUGGACCUGAGCAAAGCUGCAGUAGACCAUUCUGCAAGCUGAAACGCAAGAAUCACUAUCACUGUAAUGCGUGUAAUCAGGCCUUCUCAGAAUUGGACCGUCUGGUCGCGCACAUAGCGAAACACUCGACCGGUGCUAUUCUCAGCCAGCAACAACAUGACAUGGUCAGUCCGUCGCCUAAUCAGUUGCAGCACGAUUACAUCGCGCAGCUGUCGCAGAAGCACGACUUCAUGUCGUCGAACGUUCAGAUGGCCCAGAACAUUCAGAACUUCCAAAACCAAAUGCAGCGGCAGAUGCAGCAGACCCUCAGCCAGCAGUCCCAGUCGAAAGACAUCAAGCUGGAGAAGCCAAGGUGCAGCACUGACAUCGGCGUGCAGAACGUCCCGAAAGUCAAGCGAGAACCACUCGAGAUCGCCAGCAGGGAAGAAGGGAACAAUUCGGCAAUGGAUAAUCACGAAAACGGGCAGUUGCCGCAACCACCGAUCCAGACCACCAACAUGCAGCAGCCUGCGGUACCAACGAAUUUCGAGCUCGAUCUCAGCCACGGCUUUCAUUUUCCGAGCCCUGCUGUGAUGGCGGCCAUCACAAACCAGCAGAUCGCCCUGAUGAACCAGGCUUUGCCGCCAUUUCUUCAGCACGGCGGAAUGUACGCCGGUGGACCUGGACUGAUGUUCGCGCCUGGUUUACCACCGACAAAUUUUCUGCCACCUACGAGAGAUGAGAAUCCCUUGGCUUCGCUGGCAGCUAACCUUAAUCUGAAUAAGAGAUCUUUGUCGCCGUCGGACGCUAAUUCGCCAGAAGCUAAGAAGCAGAGGCUUCAUCAUUCGAUGCGUAUGUUGAAGGACGAGCCUGUGCCAGAGGGAUACGUCAGAUUCAGAUUCAACGAAGACUGCAGGUACCCUCAUUGCGGCUACAGAGAGCAUCAGACUCACUUCCACUGCAUGCGCCAGGACUGCGGUUACUCGUUCUGCGACAAAACCCGCUUCGUGCAGCAUACUGCUAGGCACGAGCGGCUAGACACCUUGAUGGGCGGUGACUUUCAGCAAUACCGGGCUAACGUGCCCUGCGGCAGAGCUCAAUGCGCGUACACGACUUCCCUUGGGUCAAUGCAGAACAAGGCAUCGCACUUUCACUGUUUGAAAUGCGAUUUUGUUUGCACGGACACGAACAAAGUGGUCGCGCAUCGGCGACAGCACGCCAAGCUAGAUAGCAUCGCGGCUGCGGGUUUCCAGAAGUUUACGCCCAGUCAACCUUGCGGUGGCGUGCAGUGCCAACACUCCGGCAAGCAGACGCACUAUCACUGCCUGCAGUGUCAGUACGCGGUGUUGGGUCUGGCGCAGAUGUCGGCGCACAAGUACCGACACCUUGACACGUAACGAUCUCCCAUAGAAGUCCUGCGCGCGGCAGGAGUAAAAUUAUCUUGGUCCCUGUAGACAUUCCUUAGAGAAUGACGCGGCCAUCUUCCCCCGACUAGGUGAAUCGAACGAAACCUCGGUAGGGGGCUAGUCAGCGACUUCGUCACAAUUCGAUGCCCACCGUCGAUGAUUGUCGCGCGAAAAAGGAAGUCAGAGAUGGUCAUCCGCGAAAAUUCCGGAAGAGGCCCAUAAAAGACAGAUUCCUAGUCCCUAUAGACAUUCCCCAAAAGAUCACUCGAGUGCCUCGAUCAUUCACGAUCGAGCGAUGUUCCUGGUAAUGUGGAUGAUCAGUGACAACCGAUAGGGGGCUAGUCAAUAACAUUUUACCUUCGGGAUGAAUACUGAUAGGUCAAGGCUUUUUCAAGUCGAGGUACAUCUGCUGUUUCGCGGCUAUGUCGAGGAAACGUUGAGGCAACUCGGUCUCUCCGUACUUAGGGUCUGAACAGUGAAAUGAACCGACAAUGAAGACUCGGGAAACGAUCGUUGUCGAGCAAUCUUUUCAGAUUCUCUUUUAAGGGCAAACGACACGGAACCUUGAUACGGAGCAAAUUUAACCGAGCGUUCAUACAGUCGAAUCUCGGAAUAGAAUUCCACUAAUGCCUUGAGAAUCGAGAACGAGGGCGGGAGACGCGAGAACGAAGCGUGUGGCGCGUAGCACCUAAGACAAUAAUAUGAAGACAAGCCUAUAGCGUAGCUUUAGCGCGAAAAAAGACAAACUAUAAUAUUUAAGAAGAGAAGAAAAGAGUAACCUUGUACAUUUUUUCCUUUGUUAGUAUCGUUCUGUGUACCCUCCGCAUGAAUAGUCAUUACGACGAUCUAGACUAUAGAAUAGUUUGAUGCAUUGCCCACAAAUAAAACAUGAAGCAAAUAGGGAAAAAACAAUACUACAAAGCAGGAAGAUACAAUCGGCGAUACAAUCUGACUGGAAUUCUCUAUAUGUUGCAAACCAGCGAGAAUCAAUGCGGCAAAUUCGCGCUUCAGCGUUGAGACUGGAGAAGCGAGGGGAAGAUAUCUUUUUCCUAUCGUCUAGACUGCGAAAUUAAGAAAUGCCUAUUGCGUUAUGUCGGCAGUGUGUUAAUGUCUUCGUUGCACAAUCGAUAACAUGAGAAGACGCAAUAAUAGUUAUUAAUAUUUCUGUAAUCUUGCUCGGUUUUUAUUUUCUUGGUAUUGUUUUGAUCUCGUCACAUUUAAAUUUCGGAAACAGUUAUACACUCUCAUAUAUGGAUCUUUUCAUUAUGAAGAACUCCGUUACUUGUCUAAUUAAUGGUUGAUUGUGCAACGACGAUGAUCUAACGUAACAUUGAAUACUCAUGAACCUGGCCAGAUAAAAAGAAAUAACUUUCGGGAUAUGGAUUGCAUUCUGGAGGGUACGCGACGGAUAUUACAAGCAGUAUUGAUAAACUGAGAAUUAACUAGAAAGACUGCGAGCCGAUAUACGAGAACGGAAUGAGAACAGAGCGACGAUCGUUGAACGAUCAAAUUGAAAAAAAAAGAAUUAAUAUGUCAGAGACAAGAAUUAGAUGUAUAUGUUGCGGAAAGAGAAAUUAUAUUCGAGAUUAUAUUCUAAAACGCGGUCGCUGAUCGACAUAAUGCAAAGCUGUUUAAUAUAUGUAUGUGUAUAGUGUAUAUGUGUAUUCUGAUUGAUAUGAAUUAUUCAAGAGAAGAAUAGAUUUCUCGCGCUUCUGUUCGUCAAGCACAUUCAACAGCGAUAUCUGAAAUCUGUUCAUUUUUAUUUGGCAUAAAGCUUAUUUUUGCUCGUGACUUCGCCGCAUACUCCGCGUCACAUCGACAGCAGUUUUUCUUACAUUUUCUUUCACGCUGCUGUUUUUUUUAGAUCAAGAGUAUUUUUGCUUUUUUUUUAUCUUCAUACGCACACUGCGUCAAGGAAAGGUGGAAGUCAUUGCAUUAACUGGUUUUAUCUUUGAGACGAGAUACGGUUCGUUUGCACGUAGGACGACGGAGAGAGAUAAUAACGCCGGAUGAAUGAUAAGAAGUAUCCGGCGUGGUUGCCGUAUGUAUGUUCUUGUAUGGAGGCCAGAGAUGACGCAUACAUAUUUCCUUGGCGAAUAUUAGAAUGGAAAAUGUAAUCCGCGACAACGGGAGACGCGCUAGGGUGCCUUCAGGAUUUUUCUCCGAACUCUUUUAGGACCGUGCCUUAGCGACUUAACGUACAAUGGACACAAAGUUAUUCAUUCAAUAGUAGCGGCAGAAAUAGUAAAGCAACAAUCAGAUCAUUAUCCACACCUGUUUGCGCAGCCGUAGCUAUGAUUGAAUUUCGGAGCAGAAUAUCGUCAAUCGCGGUUUAGAGCGGAAGACUGAGUCCCAAUUUUGAACUGACGACAAAUUCCUAACACGAUCAUCGAUUUCGAUGAUUAUACGGUAUGGUUCCUGAAUCAAUAAACAUUCUUUCUGAAUUACUGUAACCGACUGACCGGAAGGCGAUCAUAGACUUGAUAACUGGAGGACGUUAGUGCCUUACGUCAGACUAGACAAAACGCCGCAAACUGUAUCCGCCGACAUUUAUAAUAGAAGGCAUGUUUUUACAUUUUUUAAGAGAUAUCUACUGACUUGUUUCAACAAAAUUACUGAAUUGCUACGAAUCAUCGUCGAGAGGAAUUUUCAAACCUAUGUAGAUCUCGAGAGGUGAUACAAUUUCGUUACUAUUACAAUAUUAAAGAGUUUCUUAGAAUUGCCAAUAAAAAAGCUCGACUCAUAGUUGUUUUUUCUGAAUAUAUUGCGUUAUGAAUAUUUUAAUAAAGAUGAAAAAAUCUCGCGCGCUCUCUGUGUUGCAGCAAAACAGCAGUUUGUCAUAAAUAAUUUACAAUGUUUUAAUUUCCGACAUCAUCAUAAUGAAAAUGUGUCUGCCCUGUAAACUACGAUUUUUUUUGUUUUUGUUUUGUUCGUUUUCGCUCGUAAUAAGCGAAGAUGAUAGUGGCCAGUCCGUAUUCUAAUUUAUGUUAUAGACCUUGGUCAUUCUCUGAAUCGUAAAAAGAUAUCUCGUAUCCACCAACGUAUGCGUUGCUACUAUCAAAGUUCAUACCAGGCAAAGAUGUAUACGAAUACUUUAUACUUUAUCGAAAAGAGAUCAUACGAAAUAUCACAUAUCGAGAAGUCGCAAUGUUCUGCUUCAGCAGAGGAACAUCAGUUGCGUAACGACAAUAUAACUGCGAAGUAUAACGAUUAUAAGACGCCAUGUAUAAAAAAUGAACAUUUUGAGUAAUAACGAGAAGGCUGUUUACUUUAAUUAGACACAUCUUGCAUCCAUGUGACCCAUAGUCCGCAAAAGAUAUGACGAUGAAAUGUUAAAACCGGAUUUCUUGGCAACAAAGUUCACGAAGAGGUUUCAGAAAGUUUGUUUUCAAAUAGAAUGAUACUUGAUCACCUUGCACACCUUGAUCUUCCAUUUUAUAAUAUUUAUAGACUCAUAAAUAGCCAAGUGAGACGAAUUCGCGAUGAGCCCAGAUGGACCGAUUAUAUUUACACGUAAAGCGAUGGAUCGAGUGGAUUCGGUGGAGACAGCUCGAAGGGAGGAAUCCUGGUUGGUUUUCCUGAAAUAUUACAAUAGUAGAGCAUUCCAAUAGCGAGUCGGUAGUCAUCGAACUUGUCCACGUGGACGGUGCGUCGCUCUUACGUGGCGAUUUAUCAAAAAUCGCGGGGAAAGUUCGUCGGUUUUGCGCGGUAUCGCGUGUCGCAUCGGCGAUGUAACACGAUAGCGAAUCGGACAUCAACCCCAGAGUAGCAGGAGAAGAAAACGAGUACGAGAUUCGAAGAUACCAUUCGCAUCGAGAACGUGGAGAGGCUAGAGUCCAGCCAUUAAACGAGUGCCAUAAAACCACGCUGUAAACAGUCCAAGUACAUUUUUACUAUGUUAAGUCGCGAGACGCGUGCGGGACUAUGGAAAAUUAGGGAUACAAUUAGGGUCGAUAGACAACUCUGUAUAAUAUUUAUUUAGCGUUUAGGAGUGACGGAUGUGUGAGGAAGAAGCGAGCGAAUGAGGAGGACAAUGUAGGGAACAAUCGCGUGGGAAUACAAAAUUUAUCUGUUUACAAUAUAAUUGCGAGAAGUAAAUUUUGUUUGAACGUGGAAUGACAGAGAAAGAGAGAGAUUAGCAUAUGGUGAUUGCCUUAUAAAAAUAUCGAGAAUUCUAUUAUAUAUAAAUAUAUAUAAUUUAUGCGGAUUAUACAUUAUAUAUAUUUUUAUAUAAUAUAUAUAAACGUGAAUUAUCGCUUUCGAAAACGAUGCAACUGAAACAAAACAAGAAUGAAACGAAAGAAAUGUAUACCAGUAGAGUGUACUAUUAUUUGAAAAAGCUAGAGAGGUUCUAUCGUAUGGUCGUUAGUAAUAAAAUAUCUCUGCUGUAUGGAUCUAAAGAGAAGAAAAGAGAAACGAUUAUAUAAUUUUAUCUAUUAUUAUUAUAUUAUACUAUUAUUACUGUUUAAUUUUGCUCGUCAGGUUCGUGCUGUAACCUUUCGUACCUACAGAACGGACGUGCGGGCACUACACUGUGUAUUAUUCUCUAUUAUUAUUAUUAUUAAUUAUUAUUAUUAUUAUUAUUAAUUAUUAUUAAUUAUUAUUUGAAAGUUUGCCCGUCAGGUCCGCCCUGUAGCCUUCGAAUCUACAGGGCGGGCGUGCGGGCUCUUAUUAUUAUUAUUAUUAUAUUAAUGAUUAUUGAACCACAUCUUAUGUAGCUGUGAUUUUGCUUUCAAAAAGUAAAAAUUAAAAAUAUUUAUAGCAACUGAAA